GCCUGUCACACACGCACGCACGCACCAGUGGCACCGUUUUUGACAGCCGAGCGCAAACCGAACACAGGGUGACCCCGAAACGCGGCGGAACGUUGCAUGUGCAUGUCUUCUGCGCUGGAGUAUGCCCUUCGGGGAGAUGUACGCGCUCUGUUUCGUUCCCGUAAAAGGCUAUAUUGUUUCAACUUCCUAAGAAGGCGACCCGAACACGAUUCGCAUUCAUUGACCGGAAGCGAAAAUCAUCCCGAAACAACUUAUCGAAAAGGACGAGCAGCAGGAGGGAGCCAGGGAACGAUUCUCUACCACGACCUACUUUUAACGACCUACGACCUAAGCGGGCGACGUGAUCACACACACACACACACACGCACAUUAUGUGUCAGUCCAUCUCGUUAAGCCGUCCUGGUGCCAGAGCAUCAUGCUCGAUCGGGAGUGUGUUGGGGGGAUCGAGACAGUAUGGCACGCUACGCCGCCAUUCCCAUCAUAUCAAUAUCCGCCCCGCAGUCGACCACUGAGUGCCGUACGUCUCGACAAAAUCACAUCUCCACUCGGUUUGUGAGGUUAUGGCGCUGCUGGAGGAGAUCAAGGGGGCGCUCGGGGAAGCCGAUCCAUUCGCCACCUGGUGGCCAUUUAUAAUUGCGGCCAUCGUCUUCGUCAUCGGUACCGUGAGAGCUUACAUGGGAGGCCAGCCGUGCCCGAACGGUAAUGCCAUACCGGGCCGCCUGGUCGUAGUGACCGGUGCUUCCGGUGGCAUCGGUAGCGCGGUGUGCCGGGAGCUAGCCCGACGUAACGCCCAACUGGUGCUGGCCUGCCGCGGCAACCCGGACCAGCAGCAGCAUCUACGGGCCGAACUGAUUCGUGCCGGUGCGACCGAUGUGGAGGUGCUGGCCCUUGAUCUCGCCUCGCUCGACAGUGUACGACGGUUCGCGCGCCAACUGCUGGCCCGGCACCCAGCCAUCGAUGUGCUGGUCAACUGCGCGGGCGUCAUCUUUCAUCCACCGGGCCCGACGGUCGAUGGGUUCGAGCCGCACCUGCAGUGCAACUUCCUGGCGCAUCUCCUGCUGACCCAGCUGCUGCUACCGGCCCUGGCACGGUCACCGCAUGGUCCGCCGGGGCGAAUAGUGAACGUGGUGGCUCACGGGUACACGGCGGGCCGGAUUGCGCACCCGACCGACGAUCCGCUGAACCAGCGCCACCAGCCGCCCGCCAGCGGUCGCGAUGCGUUCUCCCACUCAAAGCUGGCGAUCGUGCUGGCGAGCCGGGCGCUGGCCAAGCGGCUACCGCCCACGACUACCAUCAACUGCUGCACACCGGGUUUGGUACGCGGGACCGGGCACCUGCGCCACUCACCCAUCAUGCGGGCACUGUUCGCCCGGAUCCUCACCUAUCCCUGGAUGUGGCUGUUCAUGAAGAGUCCGGCGCAGGGUGCCCAAACCAUCGUACGGCUAGUGACGGAUCCCGAGCUAAAUGGCCACACCGGUGGCCUGUACAAUGACUGCGAACCGGUGGAGCUGACCGAUUUGGCGAAGGACGAGCAGCUGGCCGAGCGGCUUUACCGUGCCGCACUCGAGGCAGUUGGCCUGUCAGAAGGACUGGAGGAGGAGGAGCAGAACACCACGCCUUAGCAGACUGCGAACCCUGUAGCAAGUAAAUAAAGGCAGGCUUAUAUAGCUUAUCCUGAGCAGGUUCAGUUCAGAGCAGAAGUAGCAGAAUCGGAUGUUCGGAUGUUGUUGCGAGAAAUGCGCGCCACACACCUCCCCGCUCGGUUCCGGUACCUUCCAUUGGAUGACGCCUUCCUGCUCCACUAACAACUGGCAAACAGUUGAGUUGAUCAUUUGCGCAAUUUAUUAUGCUUCGUAUUGAGAUUGACGAAAUCGAUCGAGUUAUCGUUCGGGGAUUUGUGUAAGGUGGUGUGUGUGUGUGUGUGUUUGUGUGUGUUCGUGUGAGUGUGUGUGUGCGUGUGUAGGUAGUAGGUAUGCGAGAUGCGGGGUUUCAUUGAUUUCUCUUCUUCUUCUCUUCCCCCACUGUUCCUGAUAAUUGCAGUAGUAGUUGCGAUGCGAACUCCUGUCCCUGUGGUGCACAGUAGCACACCACGUACACACACACACACACACACACACACACACACACACACACACAUACUUUACGGACUCACUACCACUAGGUUGGUCCAUGUUUUGUGCGCACUAUCUGGCAGAGGGGGAGGGGGUGGUAGGGGGGGGGGGGCUUGUACCAGAAGGGAUCCAGGGCAGUCGGUCCUGGAUCCGGAACAUUUUAGGGAAUUGGAUUGUGGUUAGCUAGGUCGCUCCGCUCGGAACGCUAGGCUUAAGGAUAUGCUAGGCUUCAACGGCUUUUACCCUACAUUAAUUGCUACCGUUUUCCGUGUCUUCCUGGCUAUCUCCCUCCCUUCCCCUCCCGAAACCACUUUCUCAUCCCUCCGGCUACCUUUAUUAACAUUAUACGUUUAGAGGAAAAUCAAAGGUCCCUUGCUCCUGUGAUUUCGCUAGCACAAAGGGUAGCCAUUCUGCUCUCUCUCUCCUUCUCUCUCUCUCUCUCUCUCUCUCUCUCUCUCUCUCUCUCUCUCUCUCUCUCUCUCUCUCUCUCUAUUUUACGAUAUGUCAAUAGCAUUCAGAUAGCGGUGCAGCGGUGGAUCCAAGUGCGCUAUAGGCGCCUUCCGUCGCUGUCGCCUGGCCACACGUGGGGAUCCUACAAGCCGAGAGUAAGUGUAAGUCUAUGUGCCUGUGUGUCCUGUGUGCAACUCGUGGAUUGGAUCUUGAUUGGUGCUGUUGUGCGGUGCGUGAACUGCUGCUGCUUCUGCUGCUGCUGCUCUCCGCAGCGCAGUGAACACAAAAAGGCAACUAAGGAAGGAAAAACACGAUUAUCACAAGAUUGAUGUGUUGAUGCUCCCGCACAUUACUACCACUACAGGCACGCAUACGCACACGCAAGCGCAAGUGGUCGUGAAUCGUGCGCGCCCGGCACUGCACGUAGUUGGUCAAAUGUCCCCCUGUUCCCACACACACUCCAGUUUUUUGACACACCUAACAGUCUAGCGUUAUUUUCCAGGACGCAAUUUUUAGCCUAAGGGUUCUGAAGGGUUGCUGCUAGUUGGUUGACUCAGGCUGCAUGUCGUUUUGGUCCAGCACCACUGGAGGAUGGCUCUUUCUCUUUCUCUUUCCCUUUCUCGCUCUCUCUUUGACCCAGGCGACCCAGAACCGGAAGGGGAGGGGGGGGGGGGGACGGGGGCUAGAGCACUAGUUAAGUCAAGUCCAAUCCCCCCGGGAAGCGUUAACCGACUGAAUUAAAAAUUAAAUUAACCGAAAGCAAACAAAUUGAAACUUGAAAACAGUGGAAUCGAAGCCGAGCGUUGUUCAGUGCAGCAGGGCAGAGGAGGGGGAGAGGGAGGGAGAGAGGGAGGGAGAGGGGCCGGGGUGAGUAGCUUUCGUAUCUCGAUUUUAAUGCCGUUAUGCGGUUUAUUAAGUGGUUUUGUUUCCCUUUGUUUGUUUUUGCUUUGCUUGUUGUUUGUUUAGUAAUUAGUAUUUUGAGCUACAUUGAUCACUUUACUAAUGGUUCGAUAUUCUUGCACGCAACGCACUGCUCGCACUACUACUGAACGGAAUCGAACUCCUACGCACGUCCGCCCGCCUGUCCGCCAGGUGCAGUGCAGCACGCCUGCCGUCCUUAGCCUGCCGUUCCUUACUUCCUUUCCUUCCGACUUUAAUUCGCUUUCGAUUUAAUUUAGUUCUUUGAGUUUGGGUUUACUUUAUUGUUAGUUUGCAGUUUAGGUGCACUAUACUCUGCCCUACCUUCUUGCGGCUUCUCUGGGCUGCUGCUGCUGCUGCAAGCAAUCAGAUGAUUGUGAUAAGUAUGCACCCUUUAUUUCCGUCAGCCAGCAGUCUGCAGCAGCCUGCGAUAGGUUGUUCCACACACCAGUUCACGUACCGUAACCGUAACCGUCGGCUGCCCGCUAUACUGCCGACGCUAGCCGACAUUCGCACUACUUUACCGUGCACUAUACAUAUAUAUAUCUACUAUGUAUAUAUCAUUGAUCAUUGUUUUCAUCUAGAGAGCGAAAAAAGUAACAAAAUAACUUACGCUCAAGCUUAUCUAAAGUGUUGCCGUUGUUGGCGCUAACCUAAGUAACAUUGCAUUUAUCUACUAGCAUGUAAUGAGUUGCUCACAGUACGAGUUUUGCAGCUUAAGUAGUAGUACCCCAAACGAACGUGGCAGGGCGCGUGCAUUCGAUACGCGGUUUUGUGCCCGAGGCCGGGUGGGGGGGGGGGGGGGGUUCUUCCUCUUCCGCGUAUGACCGUCGUGUGAACUUGGAUGCGGUCAUUGCGCGCUUGCAUUGCUGCUACUGCUUGUUGCUGAGCCAGCGGCCACUAGUGGGCAAGUCAGCGCAGCAUUACUAUGUAAGGUACGAGUUUUGUGGCCUAAAAAACCAAAAAAAAAAUGGAGUAACAUAUCGAUGUGCCAUGUGCCCAUAAGCGGCGGCGAGAAGCGGUACAGCGCCUGCGAAUGAAGCUGAAAAGCUGGUUACUACCAGCGCAGCGCACUCGGUGGUCGGGCAAUGGUGGUUCAAGCGGGCAAGCGGGACAACAGCUUCUUGUGACAUUCGCCGGCAGCGCGUCCGAGCACAGCACAGCAGGAACAUGUUCCUGUAAGGUCUCGGACUGCGGACACCACAAUUCUGUCCGCAAUCCGCAGAAAAGAGAAGAAGGAGAAGAGGGAAAGCUGGAAGCAACAACAGCAGCAGCAGUAGCAGCAACAGACUGACCCCCUCCUCCUACUAGCUACUGUUAAGGGGUCCCUAACCCCACUAGCAGUUAGGUGGUGGGUGUGUCGGGCGAGGAAGAGAGAUUGUUGUCGGAGGUGGAGAGCGGCCGGCAGAGACCGAUGCGGGCCGGCCCAAGCGGUAUCGCCUUGAGCGUGCUGACCGCCUGGUCGAGCGUCGCACCCUGCAGGCUCUGGCCGUUCACCGAGACGAGCCGAUCGCCGGGAAAGAUAAAGUUGGUCGCCUCGGCCGACCCGCCGGGGAUGAGGCCACGGACCACGAUCACCGUACCGUCCGUGUCGAGCGGAUCCUGAUAGU